CCAAGAUGGCGCUGCCCAUGGCCGCAGCCCGGGGCCCGCUCUGGCGCCUCGGCCCCGCCGCCCUGAGCCCCGCCCGGGGCCGGAUCCCGCCGCCGCUCGCUCCGGCCGUGUCCAGGUCCCCGGUUCGUUCGCUCUCCUCCCGCGCCGCCUCCCGCGCCCUCGUGGCCGCCGUGGCCGGCGCUGCCCGGCGGGUGAGCGCUCGGUACGAGCGGUACCUGGAGAGGAGCUGGCCCCGCUUCUUCCUCCUGCACAGCACCUUCAAAAACGGGGUGCAGGCCCUGGUGCUGGAGGUGCAGGAGAUCCGCAGGAUCCGGGCCAGGAUGGCCGAGCAGCGGCUGAGCCCUCAGCAGCUCCCGUACCGGGACAUGGAGCGGCUGCGGCAGUUCCGCAGGGACGUGCUCAAGGCCAUUCCCAUCGGGAUCAUCGCCAUCCCCCCCUUCGCCAACUUCCUGGUGCUGCUGCUCAUGUAUUUCUUCCCCCGGCAGCUCCUGAUCCGGCACUUCUGGACGCCCAGGCAGCGGCUGGAGUUCCUGGACGCGUACGACCGCCGGCGCAGGGCCUCGCACGCGGCCGUGCUGCGGGCGCUGGCGCGGGCAGCGCGCUCCCUGCCCGAGGCGCGGCCCCGGCAGCUCCUGCUGCAGCUCUGCCAGCAGGUGCAGGGAGGGGCCCGGCCCCAGCUGGCGCAGCUCCUGGCUCUCAGGAGUUUGUUCUCGGGCUCUCUGCUGCUCCUCAACAGGCUCCAGGUGGAUCACGUGAGAGCCCUGAGCCGGGUGCUGUUCCUGACCCCUCACCUGCCGGCCUUCGUCCUGCGGCGCCGCCUGCGCAGCCACGUCCUGGAGAUCCGGCAGCUGGACGGGGCCCUGCUGCGCCUGGGGCUGGGGCAGCUCUCCGAGGAGGAGCUGCGGGCGGCCUGUUACCUGCGUGGGCUGAACUCCACCCACCUGGGCCGGGCGCAGUGCCAGGCGUGGCUGGAGCAGUGGCUCAGGCUCUCCUGCCAGCUCCAAGCCUCGGAGGCCUCUCUGCUGGCACACAGCAUGGUGCUGCUGGCCCUGGAGCCGUGCCAGCCCCCGAGGGACCGCCCUGCGUGACCGGAGGGUGACGGGUGGCACCUGCCUGUCCCCCCCCCAGACUGUGCCCCACGGUGCCCCCGGUGCCCCGGGGCUGACAGGUGGCACCUGCCUGUCCCCCCCACGGCUGGUGCAGUGCCAGUGACCCAGGAGUGACUGGGUGGCACCUGCGUGUCCCCCCCCCAGCUGGUACUGCCAUGGUGACCUGAGUGGUGACAGGUGGCACCUCUGUGUGUCCCCCCCCAGCUGGUGCUGUGACAGAGCCCCGUAUGACCUGGGGGUGACAGGUGGCACCUGUGUGUCCCCCCCCUAGCCCAGGCUGUGCCCCCCCUGGCACAGCUGGCACAGCUGGCACAGGCGGUGGCUGUGCUGGUCAGUAAUUAACUGUGUCUCGUUAAUUGUGGGGAGAGAGAGCGGCUCCCGGAGCUGGGGCUUCCUCUGGGACCUGAUGGUGUUCCUGUGGGAUCUGCUGGGGCUUCCUGUGGGAUCUGCUGGAGGUUCCUGUGGGAUCUGGUAGGUGUUCCUGUGAGAUCUUCUGGAGCUUUCCAUGGAAUUUGGUAGAGGUUCCCAUGGAAUCUGUUGGUUGUUCCUGUGGGAUCUUCUGGAUAUUCCCAUGGGACCUGCUGGGUGUUGUCAUGGGUUCUUCUGGACAUUCCCCUGGGAUUUGGUGGAUGCUUUCCAUGGGAUCUGCUGGAGGUUCCUGUGGGAUCUGUUGGUUGUUCCUGUGAGAUCUUCUGGAGCUUUCCAUGGGAUUUGGUGGAUGCUUCCCAUGGGAUCUUCGGGAUGCUCCCGUGAGAUCUUUUGGAUGUUCCUGUGGGAUAUUCUGGAUGUUUACGUGGAAUUUGGUGGAUUCCCAUGGGAUCUGCUGGAGGUUCCUGUGGGAUCUGGUAGGUGUUCCUGUGAGAUCUUCUGGAGCUUUCCAUGGAAUUUGGUGGAGGUUCCCAUGGGAUCUGCUGGAGGUCCGUGUGGGAUCUGGCGGGUGUUCCUAUGGGAUCUGUUGGAGACUCCUCUGAGAUCUGCUGGAUGCUUCCCCUGGGCUCUAUCGGAUGUUCCUGUGGGAUCUUCUGGAGCUUUCCAUGGAAUUUGGUGGAUGCUUCCCAUGGGAUCUCCUGGAUGUUCUUGUUGGAUCUGCUGGAGGUUCCUGUGGGAUCUGCUGGAGGUUCCUGUGGGAUCUGCUGGAUGUUCCUGUGGGAUCUCAGGAUGUUCCCCUGGGAUCUGGUGGCCCUGGCUCCCUCCUGGACACUUCUCCUGUUGCUUUUCUCCUCUGAGCAGGCUCAGCUGUCCCAGCCCUCCCUCAGCAGCGCCCUGGGAUUCCCACCGACCUUGUGGCAUCUCCUGGGAGCCUUUUGGGGUUCCCUGAGAGAAUUUGGUGUUUUCUGAGAUGCUUUUGGGGUUCCCUGAGAUCCUUUUGGGGUUUCCUGAGAACUUUUUGGGGUCUCCUGAGAACUUUUUGGGGUUCCUUAAGAUCCUUGUGGGGUUUCCUGAGAACUUUUUGGGGUUUCCUGAGAAACUUUUGGGAUUUCCUGGAGGCCUUUUGGGGUUUCCUGAGAUCCUUUUGGGGUCUCCUGAGAUCUUUUUGGGAUUUCCUGGGGGCCUUUUGGGAUUUCCUGAGAACCUUUUGGGAUUUCCUGAGAAACUUUUGGGGUCUCCUAAGAACUUUUUGGGUUUCCGGAGAACUUUUUGGGGUCUCCUGAGAACUUUUUGGGUUUCCUGAGGGCCUUUUGGGAUCUCCUGAGAACUUCUUGGGGUUUCUUGAGGUCCUUUUGGUUUUCCACCUAAAUAUUCCCCUUAAAUUCAUCAUUUUUGGGAAUUUCGCACCCCCACCUUGAGAAAUUCACAAUUUUUCGCCACAAUUCAAUUUCAUUUAACCUUUUUUUUUUUUUUUGUUUUUCCACUUAAAUAUUCUCCUUAAAUUCCACAUUUUUGUGAAUUUCAGAACCCCCUUUAACGAAUUCACAUUUCAGCCACAAUUCACGUCUAAUUUUACCAAUUUUUUAGUUUUUCCACUUAAAUAUUCCCCUUGAAUUCCACAUUUUUAUGAAUUUCAGAGCCCCCCUUGAAUUCACCAUUUUCAGCCAAAAUUCAAUCUAAUUUAACCAUUCUUUUCAUUUUUCCACUUAGAUAUUUCCCUUAAAUACAGAAUUUUUGUGAAUUUCAGAGCCCCCCCCCUUGAUAAAUUCACUUUUCAGCCACAAUUCACAUCUAAUUUUACCUUUUUAAAAUGUUUUUCCACUUAAAUAUUCCCCUUAAAUUCAGCAUUUUUCAGGAAAAAGGAGCCCAUUGUUAAAUUGCCCAUUAUUUGUGGAUAUGGUUGGGAAAAAAAUAAAUUGUAAAAUAUUGAAGAGAAGCUUUGUAUUCACAGAAUUUGGAAAAAUAAAAAUGAAAAGUGAAAAAAGCGAAAAAUGAAAAAUGAAAAAUGAAAAAUGAAAAAUGAAUGGGGGUUGGAGGAAUUUGAGGGGACCUCUGG